AUUGGUGUAGGUACCUACCGGAGGAAUUAAUCGUAGAACAAAAAACGUUUUCGUCCGACACGUGACGUCAAUAUCGCGGCUACUGUAUUUUAUUCAAGGUGAUUCUGUUAAAGUGUUCCACGAACUGCAACAACUACUAUUUAUAUUUUGUUAUAGACGCCGUGGUGGGGAAAAUUCGUAUCGGUGGGGAAAACGAGUUUUCGCAAAUUCCCUUCCCCUUUAAUACUACGAUGCGUAUGACCGCCGCGUCCAUCCGGCAGCGGACAAUCGCGUUUCCGGAAUAUUAUAAUUAUAAUAAUAUCAUUAAUGAUUAGGUAUAAUAGUCAUUAUCACAUCUUUAUGGUAAUUAUAAUCGUCAUCAACGCCGUCAUAAUAUAAUAUUAUUAUUGUUGUGUGUUGCAUAUAAUGUGUACCUACCUACACACGCGCACUCGCCUAUCGUAAGAAAUGUGCGGCAGCGUCGAGAAGUCAGAAUCAGUCGCAAACGGACCACUGUCGGCGUAGCUACCGACCGACCGCGGACGAAUAAAUAAUUACAACAUUUUAUAAUAAUAAUAUAAUAUUGGUAUCCCGGUAUACCUAGGUAUACUGCGUGGUAUAGCUCAGACGUGUGUGGUGCGUGCGUGUAUAGCUGUUGGUUAUCAAUAAUAAUUAUUAAACGUAUAGUUUUCCGUUUUACGCUUACCGCGCGUUCUAUGCGAUUUAACGUCAUAAAUUCCAAUUAUAGUGUUAUGUGUUAUUGUUAUUAUUAUAAUAGUAUGUCGACUUAAAUAUUAUUAUUAUUAUUAAAUUAUAUAGCAGUAUCGCCGCCGCCGCCGCCGAAAACCCAAGUGUUAGCGAAUCGUCUCCGUAACGAUAUAGAUCGACCAAAACGCGGGGUGAUCGUUUUAAAUCUGAACUGAGGCCGAAAUUUGAGUGAGAUGUUCAUGCGUAAAAAUUUGAGCUAUAAAAUUGACGACAAAAACUCUGGCAGUUCAGAAACGUAGUUCAGUGCCGAUUUUACAGCAGCAAUAUUAUCAAAAUAAUAUUAUAAAAAACACAUCAGUCCAGGAGGAGGAGUGACCUAAAAUACUUAACUAAUUAAAAAUUGGAAUGAAUAACACACCUAACCUAAAAAAAAUGCAGCGAUUACCGAUCUGUGGAUUGUUGUCGUUUGCAUGGGUGCUGUUAGUUCACUCGUCUUCGGCCGCCUCCCAUCCGCCGUCGCCUUGCCCAGACAUAUUCACUUACGAAGGCUCAGAACCAGAGAACAACAGGUGGUAUGGUGAGAUAUCACUGCGGACGGACGAAAGUUUGGUGGGCAUCCGACUGGACAUCGAACUGGACCGACCUUCAGAUUUGAUGGUAUCUUGGAUGGGAGAGAUAACGACAAGCGACAAUGUGAAAUUCACAGUGUUGAACUUGAACCAAAAACUGAAGCCCGGGCCCCCGGUGCUGUCUAGGGUCAUGGCCAAGUUCAACCGAUCAACGGGUAGUCCUAAAUUGCGGUUCAUCCGACUCAAUGGCCGUAAGAUCUGCCCCGAAGAUUCUAGUUAUAGUUCUGGGUACGAGGAGGAAUCCCGGCCAUCGCAAAGGCCUCAGAGCACCAAGAGACCGGAUCCCGAGUUCGGCGGUGACGCGGACGAAUAUCCGGAAAGUGGCGGCAAUAACAACCACCGCGACAAGGACAACCCGACCAGACCUUCAGGAUCGGAUUAUUCGCCGCAGGACGGUCGUCCGGCGACCACCGUCACGGAAGGACCGUAUACGACCCGGAAGACCAACAGAGGGCCAAUAACGACAACGACGACGUCGGCGCCUCGAAAUCCCUACGAACAGGGCAACGGAUACAGACCGAACACGGUAACGUUGCAGGCCAGCAGCACCGACCAGAACAGCGACAUAAACGGGGUCAUUAACGGGCUGUUGCAGAACCAAAACAGCAACAACAAGACCGUCAUUAUAACCGUCAUCGACAACCAAAAUAACCGGCCGAACGGCGGUACCGGUAGUGGCGGGCGACCGGCGACCACGGAUGGCAGUGCGACCAGGCCGAAUGUCAACAACAGACCGUCCGGCCAGCAAACUGGCCAAAAGCCCAGCAGUAACAACAACAACAAUCAACAGGUCAGCGGUGGCGGGAGCAGUGGAUCUUAUACCGGGUCAUCCGUCAACUCGCUCUCAUCCAAUGGCGCGUCGUGUGGUGAAGUCAAGAUGGUCGUGCCGCUGGUGACUUCUGGACAGUCUACAAAAAGGGGACAAUGGCCCUGGCACGUGGCUCUCUACCUCAUUGAAGGCAUAAACUUGAGCUACCAUUGUGGUGGUUCGCUUGUCUCCAAAAACAAAGUCAUCACGGCCGCUCAUUGUGUGACACACAAACUAAACGACGCAGUCGUCAACUCAACAAAAUUAGUCGUCUACCUCGGCAAAUACCAUCAGCUCCAGUACAGCGACGAGCUGGGCGUCCAGAUCAAACAGGUCAUCCGGAUAAAGGUGUACCCGUCUUACAACAGCAGCUCGUACUUCGGAGACAUAGCUAUGUUGACGUUGUCAUCGGACGCCGAAUUUACUAACUAUGUAACGCCGGUGUGCCUUUGGGAAGAGAGGUCCGAUGAUUUGGACGAUAUCGUUGAAAAAGAAGGAACUGUCGUCGGUUGGGGCUUCGAUGAAAACAACACGCCGACCGAAGAACUGAAAAUGGCCAAGAUGCCGGUCGUAUCACAACAAACAUGCCUCUGGAGCUAUCCACAAUUUUAUUCGGAAUUCACGUCCGAUAAAACGUUUUGCGCUGGAUUCAGAAACGGCACAAGCGUAUGCAAUGGAGACAGUGGUGGCGGCAUGGUGUUCGUCAGGAACCAUAGGUGGUACCUGAGAGGUAUCGUGUCCCUAACGGUGGCCAAAGACGGACUGCGGGUGUGUGACACCAGACAUUACGUAGUGUUCACAGACGUGGCCAAGUACACAGAUUUCAUCACGAAGAACUUACAAUGACGGCAGUCAUCGUUAAAUCAAUGAUACAAUAUAAUAUAUUAUGCAGUAAUUGAAUGUAUAAUACGAUCUGCACAUUAUAUUAUAUAGCAUAGGUACGCAUAGGUAUAAUAAGUCUUUUGCCGAUUCCUAUUAUACGCAGACGUCGCGUUUAUAUUUUUAACAUUUUAUACUCUUUCUAUAGUUUUUUUUGGAAAAUUUUAUAUUUUCAUUAAUUCAAAUAAAAACACAAUUCAAACAUAAUAGUGCAAUAGUCGUAUGUCAAGAAUUCCCUCGGGAUUCUACGGUUAUAAUAUAAAUAAAAAACAAAAAAUGUUUGCAUCUUUGUCCUUUUUGCAUUGAUUGGUUCGCCCGAUUGAGAUGACAUUUGGUACAGAGAUAGAUUAGACCACGGAGAAGAAUAUAAAGUCACCAAAAAGGUAAAUAAGAGGUUCAACCCGGAGAAGUUCGUUCUCAACUAAGGGAUUUAAACAGGGGUCUCAAGUUUAAACAACGGUUUCAGUGGCUAAAUUGUUUGCAUUGUUUUUACAUUGUUUUUUUUUUUUAAUUUUGUUUAUAAAUAGUUGCUAUUGGUUUUAAUAAUAAUAAUUAUUAUCAAUUG